AUGUCUCUCCCACGCCACGAGGGCCCCAACCACGGCGCGGACAUGAGCGGCGUGGAUAUGGGCGGCGACAACACCACAGGCACGGGCAGCAGCAAAUCGACGUCGUCCAUGUCCGGCAUGUCCAUGACCUUCUUCCUCUCGUCGCGGACGCCGCUCUUGUCAACGCAGUGGACGCCCGCCACCGACGGGCAGUACGCCGGCACAUGCAUCUUCCUCCUCUCCCUCGCCGUCCUGCUGCGCGUCCUGCUCGCCCUCCGCCCUAUCCUCGAGACCCGGCUCUGGCGGCGGACCGCGGCCGCCGCCUCCGAGGCUGUGGCCCAGUCCGAAGUGGACGACGAAAAGGUCCGGCUGCUGGCUGGACAGCCACGCCAGUCGCUGGCCAUUGUCAAGAGGGACGUCCAGCGCAAGUGGUCCGGCUGGCGGGUGUCUGUCGCCACAGCGAGGGCGACGUAUGAGCUCUUUGUUGCGGGGAUCGGGUACCUUCUCAUGUUGGCCGUCAUGACGAUGAAUCUGGGGUACUUCCUCUCGGUGCUCUCAGGGGUCUGGUUGGGGACAUUUGUUCUGGGCGGACUUUCCUUUGACGACACGGGCAGUAUCCACUGCUAG